UUCUUCUGUUUCUUUUUCAGGUGUGUAGUAUUCAGCAGUAUGGAAGGUCAAUAUAUACCUCUGGAGCCCGUCUUAAGGAUAUGUACUGGAAUGAUAGAACAGUGGAAGGAGAACCAAUGUUUGACAAGAUACUCAUUGCAAACCGUGGUGAAAUUGCUUGCCGAGUCAUCAAGACGUGUAAACGUCUUGGGAUUAAAACCGUCGCUGUCCAUAGUGAAGCGGAUUCCAUGGCAGUUCACAAAAGGAUGGCUGAUGAAGCAAUUUGUAUUGGACCAGCACCGACCAACCAGAGUUACCUGGUGAUGGAGAAUAUCCUCCAGGCAGUGAAAGAUACAGGAGCUCAAGCAGUACAUCCAGGGUAUGGUUUCUUGUCAGAGAAUACAGUGUUUGCAGCAAAAUUGAGUGAGAUAGGAGUUCAGUUUAUUGGUCCUAACUCGGAGGCUAUACGUGCUAUGGGAGAUAAGAUUGAGAGUAAGAGGAUCGCUACAGCCGCCAGGGUGAACAUGAUUCCGGGACACGAUGGAGUUGUUGAGAAUGCUGAUCACUGUGUUCAACUAGCCAAUGAAAUAGGAUACCCAGUGAUGGUGAAGGCAUCAGCAGGGGGUGGGGGUAAAGGAAUGAGAAUUGCGUGGAAUGACAAGGAAUGUCAGGAAGCAUUUAGGUUGUCUUCACAAGAGGCUGCAUCAAGUUUCGGAGAUGAUCGGAUGUUGAUUGAAAAAUUCAUUGAUAAUCCGCGUCAUAUAGAGGUACAGGUGCUAUGUGAUAAACACGGUAACGGUGUCUGGCUGAACGAGAGGGAGUGCUCUAUACAAAGAAGGAACCAGAAGGUUAUAGAGGAAGCUCCAAGUACAUUUGUUGAUCCUGUUAUGAGGAAAAAGAUGGGAGAUCAGGCAGUACAACUAGCUCAUGCUGUAGGAUAUGAUUCUGCAGGUACCGUUGAGUUCUUGGUGGAUUCUCGAAAGAAUUUCUACUUCCUCGAAAUGAACACGAGACUUCAAGUUGAACAUCCAAUCACAGAAUGUAUAACUGGAAUAGAUAUUGUUCACCAGAUGAUCCGGUCUGGUAAAGGACAUGAAUUGUUGUACAAGCAGUCUGAUGUUCCAGUAGAUGGCUGGUCAGUAGAAUGCCGUGUGUACGCCGAGGACCCGUAUAAAAAUUUCGGCAUGCCGUCCAUAGGGAGAUUGUAUAAAUAUAUAGAACCCUCUCAUAUACCAAAGGUUCGAUGUGACAGUGGUAUUCAGGAAGGGUCACAGAUCAGCAUUUACUAUGAUCCUAUGAUCUGUAAGCUGGUAACCUAUGGUGACUCAAGAACAGAAGCACUGGAUACUAUGGUUACAGCUCUGGAUUCUUAUGUUAUCAAGGGUGUUACACACAACAUCCCGUUGUUACGAGAUAUUAUAACAGAAAAGAAAUUUGUAUCUGGGGAUAUAACUACAAAAUAUUUACAGACUGUCUUUCCUGAUGGCUUUCAAGGUAAAGUGCUGUCACAUACAGAAUGGAAUGAGUUAACCGUAUUGGCAGCAUGUAUUUAUACAAAAGAACAACUCAUAGCUAGAACAUUCAAAAAUCAAGAUAGAAUCCCAAUGUUACGAAAUCUACCUUUGACAUGGCAUCUGAAUGUUGAUGUUGCUGGCAAAGAUAUUUCACUUGAAGUGAGGUACAUUAAAAACAAGUUUGAGGUACAAAUUGGAGAAAGAGUGUACAAUGUGAGCGACACAAUCAGUUUUUCCAACCCACUACUUGACAUCAAGCUGGAUGGCCAGUCUCGACUUAUACAGCUCACUCAGAAACUAGGAGGCGGUCGAUUUGAUAUUAGAUUUUUAGGAACUGUGUUCCCAGUUCAUAUAAUGGACCAGGUAACAGCGGAGUUACAUGACUUGAUGCCACAAACAGUGGAGCUAGAUUUGUCAACUGUUGUCUUAGCGCCAAUGCCAGGCAUGUUGAAAUCUGUAGCUGUGAGUGAAGGGGACGACGUGUCCGAAGGGCAGGAAGUAGCCGUCCUUGAAGCCAUGAAAAUGCAGAAUAGUUUAGUGGCAGCAAAAACUGGAAAGAUUAAGAAAGUAAGCUUUAAGACAGGGCAGACAGUUGAUGAAGGAGAUAUUCUAGUGGAACUGGAGUAAAUGACUUGUGUAUGAGAAAUGACUAGAGUAACUUCAGUUAAUACAGAAAUCUCGUAGUUAGUAGAAAAGCAUUAUGGGUGUAUUAGACUUAGUCCCUGGGCCAAGCGCAAAGUGUGAUUGUUAUACCAUGUAUGGUGGCUGUUGAUGUCUCCGGCACUGUUUAGGAGAGCAGAGAAAUUUUGGAAUUAAAUUCCCAAAUGUGAAAAAAAAAAAUCAGCCGAAUAUUUUUUAGUUCAUUUUUUCCUUCCAAUUUUGAACCCUUUGAAAUGUUACUCAGGUCAGUCUAUUAUGAGAUACCUUUGACAUUUGUUCUUUGAACUAAAAUAGCAGCAAAAUUAUUUUUCUAAAAUGUUUCAGUACCCACCAUAGCCACCGUUUUAUUCCUUGCAAUAAGUGUGACUAAAAUAUUUUCAGGUGUCAUGUCAAAGUCAUUGUUUUCCAGUGUUAGGGCAUUUUUUGGUAGAUAUUUUUGUUUCGUAAUUCAGUAUGGAGAAGGACAUGAUAUGUGGCAAAUAAUUUGAGACGCACCAUGAGAAUACCAACAUAGUGGCUUUGCAACCAGCAUGGAUCCAGACCAGCCUGCGCAUCUGCACAGUCUAGACAGGAUCCCUGCUGUUGGCUAACGGUUUCUCUAAUUGCAAUAGGCUUUAAAAGAGAACAGCAUGGAUCCUGACUGGAUCCAUGCUGGUCGCAAAGUCACUAUGUUGGUUUUCACAUGGCGCGGCUCAUUUUAAGGUUUGCUGUUAUGAUAGUUUCUUUGAAAAAAAUGUGAAUUUGUUAGUAAACUCUCAGUAAAAGGGAUCUUGUGCCCCAAUUUCAAAGGUGCUCCUCUAUUUUUUAUGGAGGUCAACAAAUAUUUGGCAACUUCGAUCUGGUAGUUGUAACAGAGACGGAUAUUAGCAGGUACUAGUAUUCAGACAAAGUAUUUUUUGUUUCUGACUCUCAUUUUAAAAACUUGUAGUAACAUACCAAAUUAAUUAAAGAUAUGAUAUAUAAGAGUUUUAUCUGUUUCAGUUGGAUUUAACUUUGUGGAUAAAUGUAUAAAUGCAAAGUUCACGGAAAUUAGUUUCCCAUGAAUAAAUUCACAUUAGUGAAAUUUUUUUAAUUUCGUGGGCACAAAAUUUUGUGGGUUUCACAAGAACAAUUACCAGUAUUUCCUGAGGAUACAAAUUCCAUGAUUUCAACUUUCUUACAUAAUGAAUAGUUGCACUUUUUUGUUGUGAUUUAAUUUCGUGUACCAAUACAACCACCAGAUCCAUGAAAGUUAGCCCCCCCACAAAUAUUUAUUAUUUUACAGUGGUGUUGAGAGACACGUUGCAGUCCUCUAGAUUAUAACUGUUUUACAAAAAUAAGCAAUGUAUGAAAGUGUAUUGGAAAGAUGUUUCAUACACGUUAAUGUGGAACGUAAUUGUACAUUUUCUAGACAAACUUUGAUAUUAUAUUUCUGUAUUUGAGCUGCACCAUGAGAAAACCAGCAUAGUGGUUUUGCGACAAGCAUAGAUCCAGACCAGCCUGCACAUCAGCGCAGUCUGGUCAGGAUCAAUGCUGUCCGCUAACGGUUUCUCUAAUUGCAAUAGGCUUUGAAAGCGAACAGCAUGGAUCCUUACCAGACUGUGCGGAUGCUCAGGCUGGUCCGGAUCCGUGCUGGUCGCAAAGCCACUAUGUUGGUUUUCUCAUGGCGAGGCUCAUUUAUGUUGUGAAUGAUGAAAAUACUCAAACUGCUGUUAAAGUCAUUACAUGUAUAUUGUUUUCUUGCCUACAGUUAGUUCUAGGAAGAAAUAGGAUUGGAGUGUUUUAGAAAUAUAUUUAUUGUAGUCUCUAGUUUCACCCCAUUUUAAGUUUCAGAAAUUAUUGCCUACUUUUUAAACCAUUAAUCUGACAUUGAAUAUCAUUUACUUUAUCAAGAAUUUCUGGGCCUGAAAUAUCAUUCUAACACUUUUAAGAUUUUCUUUUAUAUAAACAAAGAAGGAUUUUACCGUGUGUUGCCUUGCCGAUUAAAACACAUUUCGCAAAAUGACCUACUUUUAGUGCCAAGGGAAGUAAUGCAUCCAUUUACGCCUUAAAAGGGAUUCCAGAUUAGUAUCCCUUCCUGUUGUAAUUCGAAUGUCUUAGAAUGGAAAUAGAUUUUAGUUUUGCGUGAUUUGUUGGCAAAUAAAACACGUUUUUUCGUUCAGAUGCGUCGUAAUUAAUCACUCAGGCCUUCGGCUUUCGUGAUUAGAUUACGACGCAUCUGAACUCAAAACCGUGAAGUAGCUUCUGAUAAAGUCAAAAACAGAAAUGUGAUUUAUUUGUAUAUUUCAUAUUCUGAUGAAGACCUUUAAGCAGAAAAAUUUUAAUAGAUUUAGUAACUUAAACAAGGAUGCUCCAUACAUUGUUUUAAAUAUGAUUCUACUGUAGUGUUGUAAAUGUACAUUGUAGAAAUUCAGUGUAUAGAAUAUUUUAAUAAAUAUAAUUUAUAUAUCAGUUUACAUAUGCAAUAGAAGAUAGUGUGUUUUGGUAAUUAAUUGUUAUAAGACACAUAAGUAGUUUUAUGUCGAAUGAAUGUCUUGCAUAAUUGAAGUGUUGAACAUUUUUGUUAAUUGAACAAUUUUGUUAAGAAUAAAAAAACUAUGUUUCAUAGUAAUUUCUUUUCAAGUCCUAUUUUAUUCAACAGCAUUAUUUCUUAUUAUCUACCUGUAUGAUCUGUACAACUUUGACACAUGCCAUGAGAAAACCAACAUAGUGCAUUUGCAACCAGCAAAGAUCCAGACCAGCCUGCGCAUCUGGGCAUCUGGUCAGGAUCCAUGCUGUUCGCUUUCAGAGCCUAUUGCAAUUAGAGAAACUGUUAGCAGACAGCAUGGAUCCUGACCAGACUGCGGGGAUGUGCAGGCGGGUCUGGAUCCAUGCUGGUCGCAAAGCCACUAUGUUGGUUUUCUCAUGGCAUGGCUCAUUUGUUUUGUUUUUUAGAUUUAAGGGAUGUUUUGUUCAUUAAAUGACCUGUCAUGAACAGACUCAGUAAAACCGAGUUCGCUAUUAUUUUGCUUUGUUGUACACUUUGAUUCAAAUGGAUCUUGUUGUAGAUUUGAUUUCUCACAAAUUCAGUCGCCGUUUUUAUAAGUUAAAAGAUGUUUAGGCUACUGAAACACAUCUUUGAAUUCGGGACAGAUAAUCAGACCUUGCCCUCUGGUAAGCAGAACUUUAAAAUCAUAUAAUUUUGUGGGCAUUAAAUUCCAUAGUUUGGGACAAAACAGCAAUUUUAUUGGGGUAUAAAUUCGUGGAUUUUAAGCUUUGAACAUGAAUUUUACUGCUUUGUUUGGAUGAAAUUUUGUGGAUUGACUACAAAAGUUAGUUUCUCAAAAAAAUUAUUGAUUUCACAGUAUGUUACUAUGGAAACAUCUUACAGCUUCGUUCAACCUACUACCUGUAAUGUAUAAAUGAAAUACGGGUAUAUGGCAUUAUAGAAAUUGGGUGUGUGUUUGUUGAAUUAAUCACGAUGUUACAACUACUUGGUUACUUUAAAAGAUAAUAAAUUCAGUAAAAGAACCAUUGUAUUUGAAUAUGCUGAACCCUUUAGCCAAUAGUAAUAAGGAACUCUUACACUGUAAAAAUACAAUACGUGCAUAAAUUAAUUUUUCAUUUGUUAUAAACAUAUUGUUAACAGUAAAUCUGAAUUACCCAUUUAAUUCUCUGUCUUAUUCCCAGUGUAAAUAGUGCUACCCUAAUUUAUCAUUUGCGAAAAAUGCUUACAUUUAUGCAUACUUGUUCUAGAAUUCUUUUCCUAAUCAUGCAUUUCUAUUUUAUAGUCGCGUUUUUUUCACCUCAGGAAAAAUUUACUUUUGCAAACUUUAUGGUAGAUUUUUUAUGGCCCCAAAGGGAGGCAUAUUAGUUUUCAACUGUCCGUCCGUUCGUCACACCAAUGUCUGUUAGUUUGUCACACCAAUGUUAACUUUUUGCAUGAAGGCACUUUACUCGUGAACCUCUGCACACAGGACCUUCAAACUUCACAUGCUGGUAGUACUUAUUGAGUACACGACCCCUACUGACUUUGGGGUCACCAGGUCACAGGGGCCAGUGUAAACUUCUUGCAUGAAGGCUCUUUACUUGCGAACCACUGCACCCAAGACCUUCAAACUUCACAUGCUGGUAGUACUUACUGAGUUCACAACCCCUACUGACUUUGGGGUCACCAGGUCAAAGGUCAGGGUCACAGGGGCCAAUGUAAACUUUGUGCAUGAAGGCUCUACUUGCGAACCACUGCAUCCAGGACCUUCAAACUUCACAUGCUGAUAGUACUUAUUGAGUACACAACAUGAUGAUACAAGUUGAAUAAUUGAGUCAGUAUUUAUUUCAGAUGCUAAGACUGUUUUGUUUUUCUUCAAAAGGUCUAAAUGUAUUGUUAAUGAAUUACAGGUAUUUAAAAUCAGCUGUAGUAUUAAGGAUCUUUAAAACUUAUUUUUGCGACCUUUAAAUUUUUUGAUAUAGACUAAAAUCACUACUGUAUUUCAUGGAUUUCUAAUUUUGUAGAUAAAUCAAAUUGAAUAUUUAUUUAUUUGUCUAAUUUUGCAGAUCGGCACAACCACGAAAUCCACAAAAAUUAAUCCAACACGAAUAUUAAUGACUCCGCAGAAUUUCUAAACUGUAGUAAGGAGACUUUCUGUAGUCAGUUUGGCCUAGACUGAAAGUUUUCAGUAUUAUCUGGAACAUCUCAGGAAGUUUGUAAAAAAAAAAUUGGUAUGAUCAUUUUAAUAUUCAUUUCAAGUGAUAAAGUAUGUGCACCUUCUAAAGGAUUGUUUCAUGCAGUUAGGCAAUAUUUCAUCAUUACACUCAGCAGAAACUCACAACUUGUGAUUGAGUAGAUUUACUUGUUUAUUGGAGAUCAUCAACUCGUUUUGCAAGGGCUGUUCAAGAAGUUUAGAUAAAGAGGUGGUAUUUUUUUUAAUAAGUAUAACUACCGGUAUCAAAUCUGAUCGUACUCAGUAGUUUCUUUGGUAUUUCGUUUGGCCAGGCCAGGGUUGUGGCCUUAACUUGGUAAAAAAAUAUGCAUAAAGGGCCUAAAAGAUUGUCAUAAGUAUCACAAAAGUAUUUGAUCAAGAGUCAGGGAAAUUUUGCAUUAUUCAGUAUUUGAAGUGCACCUAGAAUUUUGUUUAGGAUUUCACUAGGCAAAACCGGAGUUAUAGCCCUUGAACACAUUCAUGACACUAUAAUGAAAACGUGCUUAAUAGAGUCUUUUGUUUUAUUUCUUCUGUUCUUUUUAGAAGUGGUAUGCAAGAGAAAGAAUCUUUCACUGGUUGUAGAUUCCUCACCACCACCUUACCAGUUACAUUUCAGCUGGAUAUUCUGAUCCAUAAUUGGUUUGGCACAUUGACCUACAUAAAUAUGUUUAAACCUAACCCUAUCUUUACGCCGAAAUACGAUAGUCAGUAUAUUGGAAAUUGAUGAUAAACCAGUGGAAGAUUCUUAAUUGUUCUGGAGUGCCCGGCUUGAAUGAUGCUGAAAGAAUGAAUUAUAGAGCUUAUAUGUAUCAAACAUUAAAUAUUUGUUAAGGAUGUUGUUAUAUUUUACAAAAGCACAUGUCCUAUGCUGUUUGUGACAGUGAAUUGUUUUCAGAACAUUCAUUUUUAGGACAUCGGCAUCAAAGAUGGCAUUUUAAUAAGUAUUUCUCAGCUGAUCCUGUAUAUCUGAAUUACAGCUUCAUUUAUAGUUUAUUUUGAUUUUUGUUAUACUAAUAUUUCAGUGUGUUCAAAACGGUUUUAAGUUUUAGUGUUUUGUUUAUUUAAAUCCAUGUGAAUCACAGACUUGAAUUAUAUGUGUAAUAAUUUAUGCAUUUUUCAUUUGUUCACACGGUUUGAAGGUCAGUGUAUAAAUGUAUACAUGUUAAAUAAUUAGUUGGGUUUUUUUUAUCCUUUAAACCCUGUUUGAACUUUUUGCUGUUAACAAACUUUUUCAUCAUCCCUCAAAUACAUUUAAUUAGGUCAAACUUUUGUUGUACCACUGAUUUUAUCAUUUUUGUAUCUCGUUGCCUGAAGCGUAUCAUUUUUAAUUUAUUAAAGGCAGAGAUAGGUAAUUGACCUGUCAGGCCAAGAUUAAAAUAGCCCCUAACAGAAUAACACAGUAUCAAGACUGUCCGACAGUAUUCACCUUACGAGGUAAAAAAAUGCUGGAAAUUCCAUAAUAUAUAUCAACAGUAAAUCUUGUUUCAUUGUCAGAUAUUUUUCAAUUUCAGUAUUUAGUAUACAAAAAUAUAUUAAAUUCAGAUUAACGUUAAAGGAAUUUAAACAGUGUAUUAUUUGUAAUGCAACCAUUUUGCAUUUUCUAAAAUGAAAUCCUUUUGUUCAUGCAUAAUUGUGUCUGAAUAUAAUAUGAAGACUUUAAAAUAAAUAAUUUAGAAUAAAGUAUUUUUUCUAGAAUAGGGCUCCCUAAAUAAAAUAAGGCAAUUCAAUAUAUAACAUUUAACUGUCCUACAAAUAAAUUGAAGUGUGUUGUCUAUUAAAAAAAUAUUCUGUAUUAAAAGUGCUAUUCUGAAAAUAGUUGUAUACAUGAAUAUGUCCAAAAAUUGAAAAAAACUACAUCCAAAACUCGAAAAUAUUAUAUCCCCUUAAACAUAAAAGGGUGUGUUUUUAACUUCUGUGUCAACAUUAUUAUUGUUAAUGUUAUGUGUACGUACAUGUUCAGAAAACUGACAUUUUUAAACAAAUUUACAGGCUGGUAUGUAGAGAAAUAAGUAGUACGCAUAAUGUCUGCUUGAUUUAUACCUGUAGAUUUUGUUUGUAGACGAUAUAUUGUUGGUUUUAUAAUAAAAAUAUUUAUUUACUCUG